AAAGGUGUCCCGUCGGCUCGCCGCAAGACGAAUGCCAAGACGCAACUGCCAGUCGAAAGGACCGGCGCUUCUUAGCCCCCGGUACCUAUGCUUUACAGACAAACGCAUCGCAAAGUACCUAUCCGGCCAAUCUACACGAGGCCGCUAGAUCUGUCAGGGGCUACCGACUGGGUGUACCUGCACGUGUAUAUGUCAUAAAGAAUGCACAAGGGGCUGAAUUAUGCUGAAACCAAGAACACGGAUUUUCACAGUGGCCACGCUCCCUGUCCUCUCCCUGUUCAAGAAUGGGGAAUUAGGGACCGCCUGCCCGAGAGUUGGGAACGGAUACGCGGCAGCCACAUAUGACAGCAGCAGGAGGUACGUGGAGGAUGGUACUUACCUUAGGUACCUAACUGAGUUAUCAACUGGUGCCCGUUAGCGGACUGUUUCUUGGGUGUGUCUUUUUGCUGUAAAUACCUACCUAGGGAUCGACAUGACUUAUGCCCAGCUCCGGGUCUCCAAGUAGGUAAUACUGAAAGUCCUCUAUUCGAGCAGGCAUGAGUUCAAACUCAAUCCAUAGAUUCAUGUAACCCGAGCAGCGAUUUGCGGAC